UCUGUUUACUUUUAGAGAAACACAAACAGCAGGGACAGAGGGGACAGAGGGGACAGAGAUUCAGUUUUUGAGCCAGAGACCACAGGAAAGAACCGAGGAGCGUCUGUAUGUUUCUACAAAGGAUGGAUCACAUGCUGACUUUGUUCCUGCUAUGUCCAUUUGUGUUUUUUACCAUCGUGACAUCCGAACAAGACAAUGUAUGUUUCAGGCCUGAGCUGGCUGCCAAUAUUGAGAUGGAUGGGAUCCAGAGGUACUUCAGCCCCGGUGCAGAGUUAACACUGUCCUGUAAACAGGGAUACACCCCGGUGUCGGGCCCUCGGAAGAUUGUUUGCGGCGUCAGUGGACAAUGGACGAAAACCAGAUUAAUGUGCAUACCAAAACGGUGUCCCUACCCUGACCCAGUGUCUAAUGGAGAAAUGUACUAUGAGGAUAUAGUGUACAAGAGUACCAUCAACUAUACUUGUGAUGAAGGGUACAUCUUGACUGGAAACAGCUCUGCUGUGUGCCUCGCCAAUGGAACAUGGAGCGCGCCAGUACCAGAGUGCAUACCUGUGUCCUGUGGUCUCGCUCCGAUCCCACAGUUUGGGAUGAUAAUUUAUGACAAGAGGAUCAGAGGGAACACCACUGAUUACGGCGCCGGAGGGACGUACAAGUGUCUGCCUCCAUACGUUCUUUUUGGUAACCCAAGAGCAGAGUGCACUGUCAGUGGCACCUGGACUGAGACACCUGAAUGUAGAGUGGUGACCUGCCCUCCACCAGAGAACAUUGACAUGGGGUACAUGUCAAGCAACGACGAGAGAGACUAUGACUACAUGGAAACUGUCAAAUAUGGCUGCAAUGGAGACUACGUACUUGAGGGAAGCCUCCAGAUUGUUUGCCAGCAGAAUGGAAACUGGUCUGAAAAGCCAUCCUGCAAGGCUCCUUGCAGUGUUGGCAUACACAGUGCAAGGAUAUUUUACAAAGGCCAUAAAAUCUGGAUCAAAGACCUACGCCCUAACAAAAUCCUGCACAAAGAGAUUGUCUCAGUCUACUGCAUGAACAAGACCAGGAAGUGUGGUUAUGCAGUGCAAACCCAGUGCAUCGAUGGAAACCUCAAAAUCCCUGAAUGCUUUGAGCAGCCCAGCGGUGUUCAAUAUAACCUUCAUUCAAGCUCCCUUCCAUCAGAAAUCACACAGUGCUGAAACAGCAGCAGAUUUCUUCUCUGAUGGUUAUUAAACUACAGCAAUGUGAAAUGGGCGUUGGUGUGUUCUGGUUAACAUUGUGGUUUUCUUCUCUCUGUACAGUCUUCUUGAGCUUUAAAUAAAUAAUAGAAUAUUAAUCAAUAGAUUCGUAGGAACCAAACACUGUUUUAUUCUCCAGAUUUACAGACAAGCAUAAUAAAGAUAUGAAAAUA